AAAUUUUAAAUUUUAGCGGCAAGUUAUGUCAACUGUUUUCUUAUAAAAGAAAAAAAAAGUCCAUGAACAAAAAUGUUAAGCAAAGUUAUUAUUUUGUUAAUUGUUACUCAGGUGAUUAGUGAAAAAGUAUUCAAAAGUGUUCCAGUUGUUGUGAAAACAUAUGAAAAUGAUACAGUGUUGCUUCCUUGUUACAUCGAUGACACCGAAGCGAAACUCCGAAUCCGUUGGUACAAAGACAAAUCCCUGCUUGGUGACAGUGACAUACCACACCACCUCUUACCUCCUAGGACGAGAAUGCACGCUAACUUCAGUCUGCAAAUAGAUGAGUUGAACGCGAAAGAUAGCGCUGAUUAUACUUGUGAGGUUAUCCGACCAGAGCCGUGGGGUCCAAUCAGACAAACACACACAAUAGAAGUUCAAUACGCACCAACAGUAAAAACAAUACCAGACGAUGGUUUCGUCGAAGUCCGCAAGGGUGACUACGUCGAUAUCGGCUGUGAGACUACUGGGACUCCGCAACCAGUCGUCGAUUGGAGUAAGAAUGGAGCACCCAUGGCACUACUGGACCACAGGUCGCGGAUUCGAUUCCGCGCUGAACACAGAUCGUUGGCUGGUGUUUAUGAAUGUACUGUGAAUAAUGGAGUCGGUGAUCCCGUGAAAGCGUCGAUAAAUGUUGUUAUUCAUGACGCACCAGUAGUAACAACAGAUCGUAGUUUCGUUCACACGGCAGUGGGUUUGCGCGCGGUUUUGUCCGCGAAAUUAGAGUUCGCUAUACCGCCCGCUAGAACCGCUUGGUUUAGAGAUGGGAAGCCUGUUAAAUUGGAUGAUCGAGUGGUUAUAAUGGUACAAGAUAAUAUACACCAACUAAUUUUCCGCACAGUUCGGAAAUCCGAUCUCGGAAAUUAUACAUUUCGAGCGGAAAAUAGUCUUGGAAUGGCUGAUGUUGCUUUUAAACUUACUGGUGUACCAAACAUCGCAUCAUUUAAAGUAGAGCCAGCGUUGAAUAAGGCAUCACCAGUCUCAUAUACUUUAUUUUGGGAAGUUGAUUCUUAUUCCUCAAUUAUUGAAUACAAUCUCUGGCUCCGUCCAUACUACGGUAGAUUGACAACUCUCGAACCGGACGCAUUUACAACAGAACCUCCAACCAAUUUGUGGAGUAAAAUUGUUGUUCCUGGAGAUUCUAGUGAUGGACCAAUCCACAGCGCUACAUACACGGUGAGAGGUCUAACGCCAUCUACUGUUUAUGAAGCGAUAGUUACUUCUAGAAAUAGGUUCGGUUGGAGUAAGCCAUCAGCUGUAUUACAUUUCGCUACAGAACCUGGAUUUGGAAGAACAUUACCAUCAACAUUCGAAGAGACAGAUAUAACACCAAUAUUAGAAGAGCCACAACAAGAAGAAGCAUUUAAUUUAACAAAAGCGCAUAUUUUUGAACCAUUAAAUGAAACGUCAAACGGCUUUACGCGGGAAAAAUGGAGUUUUGCCGCCAUUUUUAUUGCUAUUCUGUCAAUAAUGUUACGAUAAAUAAAUAAAAUUGUGUGUAAUUUAUUUUUGAUACUCAGUUGUAAAUAAAUAAAUAGU